GCACUGCAUAUGUUAAGCUUUUCAGUAGGUUGAACAGGACCUGCGCAAUUAUGUAACUUACAAGGGUUAGAGUGGAAAACCCUUUUUCUUAAAGGGAAAAAAAGAAGGGAGAAGCAUAUAGCACCAGCGGAACACGGGAACGGCGGAAGAAGCAAACAACUAGAAAUUCCCCAGCUCUGUUCCUUGCGUGCGGUUUGAUCUCGUCGAGGCCCGGCCGAAGUUCCCCAAUCCGCCAUCGAAUUCGAUGGCGGCCAACGCCGGGAACAAGAUCCGCAACGCCAAGCUGGUUCUUCUUGGAGAUGUGGGUGCUGGCAAAUCUAGCUUGGUUCUUCGGUUUGUUAAGGGACAGUUUGUUGAAUUCCAGGAAUCAACAAUUGGAGCAGCUUUCUUUUCUCAGACCUUAGCGGUCAAUGAUGAGACUGUUAAGUUUGAAAUCUGGGAUACUGCUGGGCAGGAGAGGUAUCAUAGCUUGGCCCCCAUGUACUAUAGGGGUGCCGCUGCCGCCAUUGUUGUCUAUGACAUCACAAAUCCGGCCUCCUUUACCCGUGCCAAAAAAUGGGUUCAAGAACUUCAAGCUCAAGGAAAUCCGAAUACAAUAGUGGCUCUUGCUGGAAACAAGGCUGAUAUGCUAGAUGCGAGGCAGGUGCCAGCAGAGGAAGCAAAGACGUAUGCCCAGGAGAAUGGGCUCUUCUUCAUGGAGACAUCUGCUAAAAGUGCAAUCAAUGUGAAUGACAUAUUUUAUGAGAUUGCAAAGAGAUUGCUUCAAGGACAACAGGCUCCAAGCCCACAGGCUGGAAUGGUUCUGAAUCAGAGACCAAACGAGAGGAUGGUCAGCUCUUCUUCAUGCUGCUCUUGAAGCUGUGUUUCAACCUCAUAGUGCUGUUAUGAAAUGUAUCAGAGGAGGUUAAGCAAAAUAUCCCAUCUCGCCUGUGUGGCUGACUUCCAGGCUGAUGUGCUCCCCUUCUCCUGCUCCUCGUUUCUUUUCACAUGUUUGUCAUGUAAAUGCCAAUACUAGAAUGUCACUGCAUGGACAGAAGUGUUACCAAAGUGUUGAUUGUGCUCUUAUCAUUUGAGUGUGCCCCUCCUUAAGUUCUCAAAUUUGCAUAUAUACAAGGUGGAGUUUUAUUUAA